AUGUGCUACGGUACCUUCAUGGGUUGGCCUGGGACGACUCUGCCAAUCCCGGAGGCAGAAGAUUCGCCGCUUCCACUCACCGCCGACGAGGGCUCUUGGCUCGCGUCCAUCAACUCACUCACCAUGCUGGUGGCCAUAUUCGCCACUGGCUACGCCGUUGACGUUGUGGGACGUAAGAAAGUAUUCGGUGCCAGACCGCUGUUCAUCUGGUGGGUGAUGGUGGCGUUCGCCAAUUCUUACGGAAUGCUGCUCGCCGCUCGAGCGAUUGGUAGCUUGGGCGGCGGCCCCAUCAUCACGGCCUUGCCAGUGUUUCUGUGUGAGAUAGCCGACACCGACGUAAGGGGGACGCUAAUUGUGAUCCACUACUUCCUCAUGCAGUGUGGCUACCUGCUCGUGUAUAGCAUUGGGCCUUACCACUCCGUCACCACGGUUGCUCUCAUCUGCGCCUCAAUUCCGAUCAUCUUCGUCUUGACAUUCAUCUGGAUGCCGGAGUCACCAUACUUCUUUCUCAAGCAACGCAGAGAAGCGGAGGCUGUGAAGUGUCUCGAAAGAUUCAAAGGUCAACUGACAAGGGACGAACUGAAGUUUGAGCUGGAGUCGAUGUAUCAAGCUAUAAGGGAGAAACAACAAAGUAAAGGAAAGUUGAAAGAUGUCUCCUGGUGCCUGUACACCGCAGGACAUUGCUCUUAG